AUGACUUCUUUCACUGCUCCACCUCCAGGCAAUAACAACAACGUAGCACCAACUCUUCCUAGUGGUUCAAAUCUCCCGAAUUCUUCAAUCACAAAUCCUUCCAAUACCGGUACAACAAAUUCUCCAGUUAAUACUAACAUCACCACCAAUCCCAAUGCCAACAAUACUCCGAGUACCAAUACAUCACCGCCUUUUCCCAAUUCUUGCCUGCAUCACAGAUCAAAGCUCGCAAAAUUCUUACUAAUACUGUAUCCAACUCUUCCUCAUCUUCCAACACAACUUCAAGAAUUCUUUUUUCCAGACAGAUUACCAGCUCCCAAAACAUCAGACACUACUUACAGUAUUCACCCCUUCAUCCCGCAACUAGCUAGAGCAGACAUUUAUAUCCCUCUUACGCUAUUCACAGCUGCAUCCACUACUAAACUCUACAGAGAAUCAGCUUUUCUAAAACAAAUCACAGUAUACAACAAAAAUAAUACCAAAAAUCACGCACUUGAUCUCACUCAAUUCCCAAACGAACACAACAUGGACCCAAUUGACUGGCAUGAAGCCUGGGGUAGAUACUCCGACUUUCUGGAUUUAUAUUCAGAUCCUCCCAUCGCCCAACGUUGGAAAGACCACUACGUUUUCCUCUCGAGACAAGAAUAUUUUAGAUCCAACUUUCCCGCAAUAUUGGAAUUUGACAUUGAACAAAGCACCAACUAUGCAAACGAACACCGCGAACUCAACCAUGAGGGCCCGUUCAGCAGCCACCAUUUGAAAACGCGCUCAUUAUCAGUAGAUCGUGGUUUUCCUGCCCCCCGAGCCUCCAUCAUGACCACAUCCUCCUCUCAAAAGAAAGCAGCUUCCUCGGCUCUCCUUAAGUUGUCUCAUGCUCAACGAAGGAAGGCUGCUUCCCUGGCUUCAGCCACAGCUGCUGCUGCUGUAUCACUGGCUUCAGUAUCAUCUCUUAUUAAAUCACCUCAGCAUAAUUGA